UCAUUUUAAUCAUUCAGUUACAAAUGUUUCCUCAGUAAUUGACCUUUUCUUCACCUACCAGGUGGUCAUUACUACUAAAACCACAGAUGAUGAUUUUAGCCUUCAGUAUUCAGUCGAUCACAAUGGACGGAUCGUCACACAAAAGCCAUCACACCUUGGCGAGGGCACCACUGUGUGUGCAGCAAAUCUGUUCAAAAACCUCCCUGUCAGACGGCAGUAUUAUUCCAACUCUAAGAAAUGCAAAGAGGAACUGAAGAGGGUCCAGAACUUGCUCAUGGCCUAUGCUGUUGUUAAGCCUGAGUUAAGGAUCACAUUGAGCCACAACAAGGCUGUGAUCUGGCAGAAGUCCAGGGUGUCGGAUCACCGAACUGCCCUCAUGGCUGUGCUCGGAGCGGCCUCCGUAGCCAACAUGCUCCCCAUCCAGCAUCACCAGGAGCAACCAGAGAUUGGCGUUGAUGGAUUCUUUCCCAAACCGGGCUCAGAUUUUAAUUCCACCAGCUCCUCUUCGCCCUGAUAAAACAUUCUUUGUUAAAACAUCUUUGUUCAUAGUCGACCUGUGCAUCCCCAAGAAAUACUUAAGCUUCUCAAGCAAUACUACAACAGUGCUCAGUCUAAUAAAGAAUCUGCAAACCUUCGCUAUCCCAUUUUAAUGAUGAACAUCACCAUACCCGCCUCAACUGUGGACGUUAACCUGACACCUGAUAAAACUGAAGUGAUGCUUCAGAACAAGGAAGGAGUCCUGUUGGCGGUGGAGACUGUGUUAAUCUACCUGUACGGGUACUCUAUUGGCGAUGAUGAUCUCAAAGCAGGAGGAAAUCGCCCUGGCAUUAGUUCUGUGGAGGUAUCUGAACACACUAAUGUAGUAAAGCCUACACCAACCACAGAUACUAGUUUGGACGAUCCAGAAUUACUUGAGAAUUCUCCCCCAAAUGAAGAUAAACAAGACAGUGAUCUAUCCUUGAGCAACACUGCAAACACCAGCUCCUCUUCGAUUUCAGAAGAUUGGGUGAUCAACAGAUGCUCAAAUGAUUUUGACAGUAUUAGUUCCUCAUUACCUGCUGACGAUGUAGUAAUGAACUCUACAUCUGAUCUAAACUGUGACUCCCCAAAGGCGUCUAAGAGUGACAGUGGCCCAGGUCAGGAGAGUGAAAUAUCUGCUGAGAGCUGGAGCACUGGCAAGGCCUUCUCAAAUUGAAUCACCCGAGAAUGCCUAGAAACUGUGAAACUCCAUGUCCCGAAAACACAUGGAGACCUCGGAGGAACCGAGCCCACAAAUAUGAGGUCCAGCCCGUCCAAGAGGCCUUCUAACGUCAUUAUGGACUAAAUGGCCAAGCUGACAGCCUACGAGCUGAUCAGCAACCGCUCCGUGCGUCAGCCCUCGUCUGCCUUUUCGCUGUUUGAGCAAGACACCAGAUCGCAGGUCCUCCAGGAGAACCCAAGAGCCAGUCCUCAGGAUGUCACAACUGCUGUGAAAGAGGUGUGGGAAAGCCUCGGGGAGGAAGACCGCAAGAAGUAUGAAAGCAAGGCAGAAAAGUCUCUGAACGCCUACAACCUUCAAAGGAAGAGGGCAGCAGAGGGAGGUGGCCAGUGUGAAGAGGGCAAGAAGCAGAUGAGUGCCGAGUCUUCAUUGAACAAAGCUCAAGGCGUGAAGCGCAAGGCCCCCCUCGCCAACCAGCAGGCCCUGGACAAACUCUUCUCCUCUCAGCCCUCGAGUAAGAGGAGCCCUGCCAAGCUCUCCAAACCCCUCCCGUUCAGUAUCGCAACCCUCAAGCAGAGUUUUAACCUCCUCUCCUACCAGAACAGCUCAAGUGCGCAGGGCCUCAGGCUUGUAAACCGCUUGGCUUCUCACGGUGCCUGGGUCGUUUUAUGCGGCAGAAAGCUCAUGGUGAUGAACCCGUUUCGAGUGGAGGAGGCCUUGCUGUUUAAAAGACUUCUGGAGAAUAAUAUACUUCCAACCGUGAGGCUGCAGACCCCUGUACAGCUGACAGAUGGGGUGCUUGGUGGGCCACAGUACAUGGAUGUUCUCCUGAACAUGGAGAAAGACAGUCCCUGCUUUAACGGAGAUGUCUACUUUACUGAUCCUAGGCUUGUGGCAAAUGGUUUUGAGAUUAGGAUGAUUCCAGGUUCUUCGUCCUCUGAGAGGCAUGUUGAAGUGACGGGCAUGGCCGACUGCAUGCCUUUCCUCGGGAUAGGAGACCUGAGGGAGAUUCUGCAGGCCAUAAAGAGUGAAGCUGUGAGACUAGCUAGACAGUUACCUCUGAACCUCUCCAGAGCUGAUGUUACAAACACGCUUUGCCGAAUGAAACGGGAUCUUGAAGAAGAAAGUUGGGUCUGCAUUCAUGGACGACCAUUUUUUCACGAUCUGGUUACUGUUCCUGAAACUGAGCAGGAAGCUCUGCAAAUCAUGUCUAAUUCUUGCUAAGGAUUUCAAGGACUUUGUUGUAAGACCCAAAUGGCACACUAACAUUUAUUAUACCAUAUAGUAGUAUGAAAGUUGUCAUUUGGAAUAAUAAAUGUUUGUCUUACUGAAUUAUGGUUUUUAUUCAUGACUUGAUGUAUAAAUACUUAUUAAACUGGAUUCUGAAUGUUUAAUCGAGAUGCGUACUGUAUGUAUUCACCAUUUACCAUCACCAUUUUAUCUUUCAUAACAUCAUAUGCAAAUAAAAUAGCUGUAAUUAUAAUGCAUUAAGUAGCUACUUCAGUCCAGAAAUGACAGCGAUGGGUCAUGAGUAAUUUUACAUAUUAGGAACGAUUUUAUGAGGGCAAAGCUAAAAAAUUUUGAAUAUCAGUUAUAACACAUUAAGAUUUUGAAACCACAUUUCAGUGAUGUUAAUUGAUGUAUUUUGCUUUUCUGUCUUAAUUUAUUGUGGGAACAUUUGCCAUUACAGGUAAUGAAGGAAAGGGCAAGUGCUAGACUUUAAAAGUUUGCCUUGUUGACUUCUGAUUAGAAAAGAAAACAAGCCAGAACUACUGACCCCACAGCAGAUGCCAGUGAACCACAAAAUUCAAUCCAGUGUGGUUGUAAAUUCACUCU